AUGCAUCCCGCAAUGUCAAGUCUAUUGAUAGAGGCGAAUUAUUGGAGUGCUGUUCUAAGUUUUCUUGGUAAGAUUUCUUUUAAAUGCCAACAAGAGAUACAUAUAUUUGACGUUGCCUGUUUAGCGGGACAACACUUUACGAAUUCGCAUGCCACAUGCAUUUUAUGGCACUCCGAUUUCGAUUUUCAACUCAAAGCCGUGGAACCGAUACCUGUAAUUAUUAUGAACUCUCAGAAUUGGGAAAAUUAUUCGGAUGGCUACGAUAUUUACGAUUGGAAUCAAAAAAGGAGAGAGUUCGAGGCAAAUGGGAUAUCCUACAACGAUUGGACUCUCAGGCUGACUGUCGCCAUCGAACAUUCCCAAUGCGAGACUUUUAUAGCUUUUGAAGAGCAGAUUCGGGAAUUCGCCAGAUAUUUUUACCAUUCAAGCAUAUAUUCCAUUUGGCGUUCACAGCGGAAUCGGUUUAUAUUUGUGUGCACCGAAGACCUAUUGGCGCAACAACAAGACCAUUUUCUGAGCCAAUAUAUAUUUCACGAUCAACCAAAUAUUAUUCUUGUCACAUCAGCAUACCUUAAUUCAAGCACCUUUGAUAUUAAAAUUAACCGAUUUGUUGGCAAACGAAGCUUUGAAGUGAUUCCGCCACCAGUAGAAUUCGAUUUAAUCCAGAUUUACGACGCCCAAGUCCAGGAGAUUACGUGGGAAAAUGGUAGAAACAAUGAUGUUCCCCAGAAACUGCGAAACCUACAAGGACGUGAGAUAAUCAUUGGCAUUUUCGAUUACAAGCCGUUUAUGGUGUUGGAUCGAGAGAAGCAGCCAACAGUUUUUGAUCGCGCCAGGAGCAAGGCAGAUGUCUUUAUUGACGGUACCGAUGUAAGACUUAUGAUGAUAUUUUGUGAACUCCACAACUGCACCGUACAGGUGGACACGUCCGAGCCUUCAGACUGGGGCGACAUAUACACAAAUGCUACAGGAAUAGGCCUAGUUGGAAUGAUUCUGGAUAGACGAAACGAUUACGGAAUUGGCGGAAUGUAUUUAUGGUAUGAGGCUUAUCAGUUUAUGGAUAUAACCCACUUUCUGGGACGCUCUGGGGUAACAUGUCUGGUGCCUUCUCCCAAUCGCCUUAUAAGCUGGACACUCUUACUUCGUCCAUUCCAAUCCGCCCUAUGGCUAGGCGUAAUGCUGUGUCUUUUGCUUGAGUGCCUGGCUCUUUGUGUAACUAGGCGGUGGGAAUCCUCCUCGGUGCCCGGUUCCCACACUUGGUUCGGAAGUCUAAUGUUUGGGUGCAUUAGCACCCUAAAGCUUUUUGUUAAUCAGAGCACGAGCUAUGUGACUAGUUCUUACUCCCUUAGAACCGUUUUGGUGGCUAGUUAUAUGAUUGACAUUAUCCUGACCACAGUUUACAGCGGCGGACUGGCAGCUAUUUUGACACUGCCCACCAUGGAGGAAGCGGCAGACUCCCGGCAAAGGCUCUUCGAUCACAAACUAAUAUGGACUGGGACGUCACAAGUCUGGAUCACCACCAUCGACGAGGGAUCAGCUGACCCAGUCUUAUUGGGCUUAAUGGAGCACUAUCGCGUUUUCGAUGCCGAACAGAUUUCAGAUUUUUCUCAAUCCGAACAAAUGGGCUUUGUGGUGGAGCGUAUGCAAUUCGGACAUCUUGGCAACACUGAGCUUAUACCAAAUAGGGCCUUGGAGCGCUUGAAGCUGAUGGAGGAUGACAUUUAUUUUGCCUUUACAGUGGCGUUUGUGCCACGUUUGUGGGCUCACUUAGAGGCUUAUAACGACUUCAUCCUGGCCUGGCACUCCUCUGGGAUGGAUAAGUUCUGGGAGUGGAAGAUCGCCGCUGAUUACAUGAGCGCCCAACGACAAAAUCGCAUUGUCGCCUCGCAGAAACUGACAUUGGAUAUUGGUCCCAAAAAGCUGGGCAUUGAUAACUUCAUUGGCCUCAUUUUACUUUGGUGCUUUGGCAUGAUCUGCAGUCUGCUUACUUUUGUGGGGGAAAUAUGGCUCAGACGCGAAAUUCCCAUAUAUUAA